GACACCUUUCGGACAGCCUUGCAGUAUUUUGGGCGGGCAAAAUCAAAACAAAAGAUGUAUCAGGCUUGGCCUAAUGGGAACCACCUUACGCUGAGCCACCACAGAAGGCGGUUCCCACAUCUCUUUGAUAGUUUCAGUUCCCAGAAUGUGCCUGACAUCAACUUGGAAUGCACAGAAACUAUUGAUUGGGAUGAUUUUGAAAGUGGCAACAACAGUAUUUACAGCCCAGUCAACACUGAGAAAUUGCCCAAAGCGGAAGAAGAUACCGGCACACUAGAUGAUAUUAGUUCAGCUAAUUUCCCCCCUCCCAACUCACCAGUCUCUGUUUGCCAUAAUGAUCCAUCAGAUCUCUUCAGGAAUAGCCUGUAUGUGGAAAGUCUGCUGCAGAUGUGGCGCGAUGAGGUUGAACCCAACAUAUCUCGGUCAACUGGCUUGCAGCAGUCAGAUAAGAGUAUUGAAGAGCCCAUCGGAAAUCAGAAUCAUGGUGUGGAGUGUUCUGACGAGCGCUCAAGUAGUGUUCAGUCGCCUGUUGAUCCUAGUACCGACCUCCGUGACUUGCUUACCAGGGAUGGAGUGUCAUUUGAGUCCUCAACAGUUACCAUGCAGCCUCUUUCUCAAAGUUCACCUCGUUCAACAUCUCCAGCAGAGAUUGAAGCACUUUCUUCGUCCGUAUUAGGGCUGUCAUUUGAUAAUCUACGUUCCAUUUCACCAAGAAUCCAGAGAUCACCAUCUCCCAUCAAUUCACGAUCAUCCUCACCCAGGUAUUUGCGGUCCCCUUCACCGUUUCAGGUGUUGGAUACAAGUUCACAUCGGUUCCAGGCAGACAGCUCGAUGGAUAGUUGGGUCUUCUAUGACGACAGGUACCAGGUCCGCACACACAGCCCACGACAGUAUGUGGAUGAACAUCUGGUACCUGAUGUGGAUAUGGAGUUCCAGACAAUUGUCUCCGACAGUGAAGAGUUCCCAUCUUUCACGUCCUAUUCCAGGAGGCUUCUUAAUUCGUGCCAAGAUCAAGUUGUUCCAGAAUACAUUGAAGAAUAACAUUUUGACGAAAUGAAUAAUUCACUCUGAAAAAGAGCUGUGCAUAACCAUUUCAAUUAAAUAUUUGUCUUGUUUUUUUAAAAUGAGAGAAAAUUUCAAUUAUGUUCUGUUAAACUAUUUAUUUUGAGGUUUUACUUCCUUUUAAUACAUUUAUGUUUUGAUUUUUAAGUCAUCAUGACAGUCAGUCAUAGACAGCUUAGUGAACCAAUGGGUACUUGUUACAAUUUAUUGGAACUAUUUUUUAGCUCAUCUAUUUUUUGAAAAAAAAUUAUGAGCUAUUGUCAUCACCUUGGCGUCGGCGUUGGCGUCGGCGUCCGGUUAAGUUUUGCGUUUAGGUCCACUUUUCUCAGAAAGUAUCAAUGCUAUUGCAUUCAAACUUGGUACACUUACUUACUAUCAUGAGGGGACUGGGCAGGCAAAGUUAGAUAACUCUGGCGUGCAUUUUGACAGAAUUAUGUGCCCUUUUUAGACUUAGAAAAUUGAAAAUUUUGGUUAAAUUUUGCGUUUAGGUCCACUUUUCUCAGAAAGUAUCAAUGCUAUUGCAUUCAAACUUGGUACACUUACUUACUAUCAUGAGGGGACUGGGCAGGCAAAGUUAGAUAACUCUGGUGUGCAUUUUGACAGAAUUAUGUGCCCUUUUUACUCUUAGAAAAUUGAAAAUUUUGGUUAAGUUUUAUGUUUAGGUCCAUUUUAUACCUUAAGUAUCAAAGCUAUUGCUUUCAUACUUGCAACACUUACUAACUAUCAUAAGGGGACUGUGCACUCAAAGUAAUGUAACUCUGACUGGCAUUUUGACAGAAUUAUGUGCCCUUUUUAUACUUAGAAAAUUGAAAAUAUUGUUAAGUUUUGUGUUUAGGUCCACUUUAUUCCUACAGUAUCAAAGCUAUUGCUUUCAUACUUGCAACACUUAUUAACUAUCAUAAGGGGACCGUGCGGGCAAAGUUAUGUAACUCUGACUGGCAUUUGGACGGAAUUAUGGGCCCUUUAUACUUAGAAAAUUGAAAAUUUGGUUAAGAUUUGUGUUUUGGUCAACUUUACCCCUAAAGUAUCAUAGAUAUUGCUUUCAUACUUGGAACACUCACAAACUAUCAUAAGGGUACAGUAAAAGGACAAGUUGCAUAACUCUGGUUGUUAUUGUUACGGAAUUAUAGCCCUUUUUUUACUUAGUAACUUUGAAUAUAUGGUUAAAUUUUGUGUUUCGAUCCACUUUACUUCUUAAGUAUCAAGGCUAUUGCUUUCAAACUUCAAAUACUUUCAUGCUAUCAUGAGGUUACUGUACCUGGCAAGUUGAAUUUUACCUUGACCUUUGAAUGACCUUGACUCUCAAGGUCAAAUUAUUAAAUUUUGCUAAAAUUGCCAUAACUUCUUUAUUUAUGAUUAGAUUUGAUUGAUACUUUGACAAAACUACUCUUACCUGACAUACCACAAUAGACUCAACCCAAACUAUCCCCCGUGCCCUCCCCCCCA